UGUUGUUGUUGCUGCAAUAAUCAAAAUUACGCAUGAAAAACAUUACCAGCUCCGGCACUUGCGGCAGCGGCCUGCUGCAAUUGCAAAAUAAUUUGGUCGUUAGCCAUCAAUUGGAAAACGGCGAUGAUACAAAACAAAAAGACGGUAUAGUCGGCCCUGGCACAAUUACCUCACCGUGGACGCCAGUGAGCGCCGGUCCCCCAGGAGCCCUGGGACCGGGCGACUCCAAUGGCAGUAUGGUUGACAGUAAAAAUCUCGAUGUGGGCGAUAUGAGUGAUGAUGAAAAAGAUCUCUCAAAUGCCGAUGCCGAAGGUGUUUGGAGUCCAGAUAUUGAGCAAAGUUUUCAAGAGGCCCUAUCCAUAUAUCCGCCAUGUGGUCGACGAAAAAUUAUACUCUCCGAUGAGGGUAAAAUGUAUGGACGCAAUGAACUCAUCGCCCGUUAUAUCAAAUUACGCACCGGCAAAACGAGAACCCGCAAACAAGUCAGUUCUCACAUACAGGUCUUGGCCCGUCGAAAAUUGCGUGAAAUUCAGGCGAAAAUCAAAGUUCAAUUUUGGCAACCUGGUCUCCAGCCCAGCACUUCACAAGAUUUUUAUGAUUACAGUAUAAAACCAUUUGCACAACAACCAUAUCCCGCCGGUAAACCAUCCACAGCUGUAUCUGGUGAUAUUGAAGCAGGUCUUCCGCCAGCCCAGCUGCCGUGGGAAGGACGGGCGAUAGCAACGCACAAAUUUAGAUUAUUAGAGUUUUCAGCGUUUAUGGAAAUGCGACGAGAUGAAAUUUACCACCGGCAUUUGUUUGUACAGUUGGGCGGUAAACCUUCCUUCUCGGAUCCCUUGCUUGAGACCGUUGAUAUUCGACAAAUCUCUGAUAAAUUCCCUGAAAAAUCGGGUGGUCUUAAAGAUCUCUAUGAAAAAGGUCCGCAAAAUGCCUUCUAUUUGGUUAAAUGUUGGGCUGAUCUGAAUACAGAACUCACUGGCAGUGAAACUGGUGAUUUCUAUGGCGUUACAAGCCAAUACGAAAGUAACGAAAAUGUGGUCUUAGUGUGUUCAACAAAAGUUUGCUCCUUUGGCUCACAGGUUGUGGAAAAAGUUGAAACAGAAUACUCACGCUUAGAGAAUGGUCGCUUCGUAUAUCGCAUCGAACGUUCACCGAUGUGUGAAUAUAUGAUUAAUUUCAUACAGAAAUUGAAAAAUUUACCUGAACGAUAUAUGAUGAACAGUGUAUUGGAGAAUUUUACAAUAUUGCAAGUAAUACAAUCCCGCGAAACACACGAGACCUUACUCUGUAUAGCGUAUGUCUUUGAGGUGGCUGCACAAAAUAGCGGAGCUACACAUCAUAUUUAUCGAUUAAUAAAGGAAUAGCAUGAACUUCCCUCCAUCAACAAUAAUGACAACAACAAUACAAGAAAUACAUCAGCAGCAGCAACAACAACACUGUCCACAACACAACUUAAUGAAUUUAGCAGCGGUGGCAG